AGAUUUAAACAAGACAAUAGAAACAUGGUGAUUCAGUCGGUAGAUGGAAGUCACACGAAUCACAGCGUCAGACCAGAAGAAAUAUAUGUAAAGCACAGAGUUCGCCGAGAUGUAUCGACUCCAAAUGACGUCAUAGAGUUAUUUUUGUUUACGGACUUAUCUGUUCAUCAACAUUUUGAAAACGAGAUGAUGGCCUCAUCGAAAGUGUAUCCCUACAUCAAAAAGUGGCUACCAUGCGUUGUCAAAGAAGUGGAUGCUAUCUUUGAAAAUUUAGGUGAAUAUGGAACGAGCAUGCCGUUGAGAGUGUACUUUCAACAAUACCAAAUCAUUACUAAUUCGAAGCAACAGAAAUGGGUAGAGGAUAAUAUGUCUGGAGAUGAAUUACAAUCAUCAGCUGUUACCGAUUUCCAGGCAUAUUACAACAAACUGUAUACAAAAUUCGCUUUUCCUUACGCUGAUCACGUGAUGGCUUUAACAAAGUUACAAAUGGCAGACGGAGACCAAGUAAUGACAGCUGGCAGCAUGUGUGGGGAGACAGCAAAUGUGGCGGCAUCUAUUGUUCGUAUUGACCACUUUCAAGUUGCCAUGUCUCAAGCGAUAGCUCGGACAUUCGGGGUAAAUUUCGAUGGUUCAUCAAACAGUUGUGAAAUUAAUGAUCAAUACAUCAUGUCCAGUGAUUAUAGUGUUGUGACAGACCCAUCAAUACAAGGGAACAGAUGGUUAUUCUCAACAUGUAGCGUAGAAAAGUUCCAAGCUGCGAUUAAUGGCGGAUUAGACCUAAGUUGUCUUCAAACAGAGGAUAAGUAUUACGACUGGGAAAAGUUUAACAAUGCCCCUUUUAUGAGUGAAGAAAUAUCUGCUGAUCAACAAUGCGAAAUACGUUACCAAAGUGGGGCUACAUUUUGCGAUAAUAGCAAUCAAAAUAUGGUUGAUUGCUACAGUGCAACACAGGGCUGCCUAGUCAAUGGUGUGUGUGAACCAUUUACUGUGUCACAUAGGACAUCAUGUGGGAAUACAAAGGGGUUAACUUGUCAGUUUGGAUUUUGUAAAGAAUCAUCAACGGAGUCUACGACUUCUUUCAGUGAUCUUCAGACGACAACACAACCGUUUUCAUGUGUGUUGAAAACAAAAGUUAAAGAUUACGAUGUACCAGGAUGUACGUGUGCAGGUUGUGAUAAGAACAACAAGGAUUGUGAGCAAGGUGCUCAUUGUUUUGGCAAGAAAGUCCGAGUUACAACAACAUAUGUUCACGAGAGUUGUGCCUCGCAGUACGAAUCUGGACCAAGAAGAAUUAUCACAAUGCCUGAAGAUAAAAAUAAAAAAGAAAUAACUGCAGAAGUGUUCAAAAAUGAUUCCGGUAAAUGGAAGGUAGAACUGGUGGAGAAGAAGUAAAAUUGAAAACUAAAAAUAUCACAAAAAUAUAAACUAUUCAUUAAGUAGAUAUAAAUGUCACAUAAAAAUAACUAAUGAAAUAUACAUGUCCAACAUA